AUGCCAUCGCGAUACCCUGAACCAGUGGUCAUGAUCAAUGGAUCCCUGAACCUCCCUUACCAAUCCCCGAAAAUGGCUCCCACCAAAGCGUCUCGGAAAAUGGCUCCUACCAAAUCGUCACGAAAUAUGGCUACUACCAAAGUCUCUCAGAAAAGAGCCGCAUCGAAAGGACCCCACGAACUGAGACGUGAAGCAUCCGCGGCAGAAGAGAAAUGGGCGACUGAGAUGGAACUCAAAUGGUGUAAGCAAGGCUUUCCAGUGGAGAACAAGGAAUCCUUUCGAGAGACGAUGAUCGCAGUGAUCGAAGCCCUGCAUGGAAGGGGGUGCUUUGGUAUCACUGGAUCCGCCGCCGGGAGAAAGAUAACCGACAACCCGGAAUUCAAGUCUCAGUGGGAUGCCUUCCAAAAAGAAACGACGCUUUCUCGGAGGCGAGAUCCCCCAAAGGACUUCCUCGAUGAGCAAGGGCGAAAGCUGAAGCUAUUUCCCGACCAGCUGCGGCAAUUCAUGAAAAAGAACGGCAUUGCUCCAGAGAACGUGUUCUUUCUUUCCAACCGUGGCUACCGUCUACACAUCGAUGGGAAGACAGCAAGCACCGUGUCGUGUCCGAAGAAGAGGGGGACAGGCCCAAAAUCGGUAUCAGCUCUAUAUUGCUUACCAUUCAACGGCAAGCCUCUACCUCCGUUUUUUACGUUCCAGCGCAAAUACGGGGAUCCACAGUUCACUCAUGACAAGUUUGAAGUCAUGAGUAGCUCAGAUGGAUGGAUCACUGAAAGCGACCUUUUCACCUGGCGGAAGAAAGUCUUCGAGGAACCCACUGUGCCGUCCAAGCCAUUGAAACGAAAGAGAUCCGUUGCAAAGCUUCUGCUGUUUGACGGAGAAUCAAUCCCCAUCAGCAAAGAGUUUUUUGUUUCCAGUGAACUCGAGGAGAACAUCUUCUGUCACGCAUUUCCUCGCGGGAUGAGUACAAUGUUCACUUCGCUGGAGGGGGAAACUUGUCUCCGCAGUCGACCAACAUUACCAACAACACGUGAAAUAUAG